AUGAGGGUUUCUAGCGGCAGCGAUGCCAAGGAGGACUUCCCGGCUGAAGUCAGCGAUGGCUUUGUGCCCGACAAUAUGGACGCUCGAGAGCUGCAAAUACACGAGCACGGAAUUAAGAAGUUUAGUCGCUUAGGGUGGAAGCGACUCACAGUCGUCCUCAUUACUGAAGCUAUCGCGCUAGGCACGCUGUCUAUUCCUUCCACAUUCGCCACCUUGGGAAUGGUAGCUGGUGUCAUCUGCUGUGUCGGUAUCGGUCUCAUCGCGAUCUACACGAGUUAUGUUGUUGGCCAGGUCAAGGUCAAAUACCCUCACAUCACCAACUAUGCCGACGCGGGCCAGGUGCUCUUCGCCAAACUUGGCUGUGGGCGAUUUGGAUACGAGCUUAUUACUAUCAUGCUGAGCUUGCAGUUGCUUUUCCUGAUCGGAUCGCAUUGUCUUACUGGCUCGAUUGCACUCAUCACUAUUAUCGACACCAAUAUUUGCUCUAUCGUCUUUGCUGUUGUGUCAUCCGUCAUUCUUCUUCUUCUCGCCAUCCCACCCAGCUUUACGGAAAUGGCUAUUCUGGGCUAUGUUGAUUUCGCCUCGAUUAUAAUUGCUGUGGGUGUCACCAUCAUUGGUACUGGAGUUCAAGCCACGAAUAGCACAGGAUUGUCAAACGUGAAUUGGUCAGCGUGGCCGAAGGAAGGCAUCACCUUUGCAGAGACUUUUAUCUCGGUCACAAAUAUCAUUUUCGCCUACACCAUCACCAUCUGCCAGAUCUCUUUUAUGGAUGAAAUGCACACACCCACGGACUUCACGAAAUCUGUUUGCACACUGGGCGCUAUUGAGAUGGUCGUUUACACCAUGACAGGUGCUCUGAUCUACGCCUUUGUUGGUCAAGAUGUCCAGAGCCCUGCCCUUCUCUCUGCGGGACCUACCCUCAGCCGUGUUGUGUUCGGCAUCGCACUCCCCGUCAUAUUUAUCAGUGGCUCCAUCAACGCGGUGGUCUUUGGGCGCAUGAUUCACGGUCGCAUUUUCAAGAACUCCUAUAUCCGGUUCAUCAACACUACUAUGGGCUGGAUCACUUGGCUGGCCAUGCUUGUGGCUGCCAUUAUCAUCUCUUUCAUCAUUGCGGAGGUCAUUCCAUUUUUCGACGACCUACUCUCGCUAAUGUGCUCGCUUUUCCUGUCUGGCUUCACUUUCUACUUCCCAGCCAUGAUGUGGUUCCUUCUUAUUCGAAAGGGAAGCAUGUUCACACCGAAGAACCUUGCCCUGGGCGCCCUGAAUGUCUUCGUAUUCUUGAUUGGACUUGUGACUCUGGGCGCUGGUAUCUACUCAUGCGUCAUUGAUAUUAGAAACAAAUAUCGCGAUGGCAAAGUUGGAGGUGUUUUCAGUUGCUCAUCUUGA